AUAAUGUUUGUAUUGAAGAGAAGAGACAGAGACAGAGACAGAGACGACCCAAUCAAUCACCUUUCUCUAUAGAUCUCUCUCUCUCUCUCUCUCUCUCUCUCUCUUUGUCCUUCUUUUGGCCAUUCUUUUGUCUUCCUCUUUCUGAUGGGAUCCGCCGCCGAACUCACAGAGCCCACCACCGGGACAGAGAAGCACCAUCCCGUACAAGUGGAAGCAGAGGAAGAAGAAGAAGAAGAACAAAUUGUUGUUGAUUUGGAAAGGAAGACAUUUCGUCAUGGAAAGGGUCUUGAUACUAGUGUUGACAGUAGUACUUUCACCACUAACACAUGCACCAGCUCCUCCUCCUCCUCCUCUUCUUCUAGCUUUUCCGGUGAUGUUACUACUACUGAGGAGACUCCAGAUUUUCGCAGCAACGGCGACGGUGACCAUACCGGACUGGACAAUUUGGAGAAAGAAGCUAAAGUUGGAUUUCAAGAGGAGCAUGAUAACAACAACGGCAACAAUAAUUGCAUCGUCUUCUUUGACGAAGAACAUGGAAUUUGGAAAUGUCGCCACUGCGAUUGGACCUACAAAGAGGGAUCUUUGUUGUGUUUUGACACCAAAGGUUCUGAGUCAGCUGCUGGUGCAGAAACUGAUGCUCUUGAGUCCCAAACUGCUGACCAUUUGAAUGGGGAGAAGAAGCUUUUAGGAUCUGAAAACGGUUCAGCUUCUGAGGAUAACAAGAGAUCUCGUGAAAUCGAAGAAGUACAAGAUGGUGAUCUCUCUAAAGACCGUGAUGCUGCUGAUCAACCCGCUGGUAAUGUGGUAGAGGAGGAGCUGGACAUCGAAGACGUUGAAGAUUAUGAUGUGGAGAAUGUGCUGGAUAAGCAAGAGACACAUGAUUUGUUCUGUCCAAACUGCGAUUCUUGCAUCACCAAAAGGGUUGUCCUCAAAAGAAGAAAACGGAAGAUGCGUCAGGAGCUGGGAGAUCGAAAACGCGUCAGAGGGCCUCAUUCCAAUGACCCUAUUCUUCAUUCGGAAGACAAUUUGCCAUCUCUGGAUGGUGGUGAAAACCCCCCUGCACAUGAAUCAUUUAUUUUCAAGUGCUUGUCAUGUUUCACCAUAUUUAGUUCCACAGGGUUGGCUUCAAAGCCGAUUCCUCCCCAUGAAGGUGUCGAAGGGUUAACGACUCAGCCAAAACCUCAAGAGAAAGCUACAGGCGAUUCCAAUUGGUUCAGUUCAAUUUUUGGCUUUAACCAAAAAGAAUCAGCUGUUCAGCAAGGUGGGGCACUGCCUAGCGUCCCAGAUGCUAAUCGGCCGCGUGGUAACCUGACAGGCUCUACUGCAAAUAACCCUUCAAAAGCCCCAACUCUUGCUCAGGGCGAUGCAGCCACUUCAAUUCAAGGUGGGUCAGGGAUCAGUUCUUCUCAAGAUAUAAAGCCUGUUGACACCCAUACAGUUCAAGUUGCAAACUCACACGAUACAAGCCAAAUUGUCAACAAUGGAGCAACUGUUGAAGACGGACAGAAGUUUCUGGCUCCUUCGGCGGAGGAGCAAACACAGCAAAAGAUUGACAAUGAUGAUUCUAAUCCAGCAGAGGGGAAGCACACAUCAGAGAAAGGACGGCUCUCUCCGAUUCAACCAUCUCAUGGCAUGAGUAUAUUAAACACAGUGACUAAUGGACCUGACGGAUUUAGAGUAGAAACUACAUUUCAUGAAGAAGGUACCUCUCAUAUGUUUGAAGGAAAAGACACUUCUGACGCAAGAAAAACAGAUAUUGGUUCGACCAAAGUAACAGGUGUAAUGGACACGGGUGACAGAGGAGUUAGUGCCGGUCCAGAAAAUCCUGAAAUUGAUGUUACACCAGGGAAUUUACUGGAAGAAGGGUCUCUAAGGGAACCGUUAAUGAGACGAGGAGUUGUUGGAGGACUUAAAGUGGAAAUCUUGAAAAGCAUUGUAUACGGAGGUCUAAUAGAAGCCAUCACGAGCCUUGGUGUUAUAUCAUCUGCCGCUGGUUCUGGUGCAUCAAUGUUGAACAUAUUGGUCUUGGGGCUUGCAAACUUGUUUGGGGGGCUUAUUCUCAUUAUUCAUAAUCUCCAAGAGCUUAGAGAGGAGGAACCUAUAAGAACAACAAUAGAAGAAGAUAACCAGACUAACGUUCGAGAAGAAGAAGAAGGUCGAUACAAGAAACUCCUUGGACGAAGAGAGAACUUCACACUUCACGCAUCAGUCGUAAUCGUAUCCUUCAUAAUCGUCGGAAUACUCCCUCCUUUAGUGUACUAUUUCUCGUUCAGCGAAAAACACAACAAAGACUACAAAGUCGUAUCAGUUUUCGGGGCAUCUCUAUUAUGCAUCGUCUCGCUGGCCGUAGCCAAAGCUCAUGUGAAGUACCCGAGAGGCAGCUACCUGAAGAGUAUUUUAGGGUACGCGACAAUUGCUGUAUCGGUGUCAGGGAUAUCUUACGAAGUUGGUAACUUCUUGGCGCAGUUGCUUGAGAAGUAUGGAUGGUCUGAUGGAUCGGAAACACAUAUGGGACAGAUGAUGCUUUCAUCACUUAUGGGAAGAAAAGCCGGCUUCGGAUAUUCAUCAACCUACUGAAACUGAAUUUUGUCUCUGGAGAAUGACCCAAACCUCUCUUGCUUCUCUUUUUCGCUCUCCUUUUUGUGAACUGAACUCUCGUUAGACUUUGACGUUGACGCCAAAUCUUUGUUGUGUGACUUGUGAGUGUAGAAGUCGUUUCCACUUGUAGGAAUUAAUAAAUGACGAACUGUGCGGCUGUGGCCCUUCUUGUUAAGUUGCAUUUAAUUUUUUC